CCAGGAAACACAUGAGGAGCACGAUACUUCUACUGAAAAUACAGAUGAUUCUAACCAUGAUCCUCAGUUCGAGCCCAUAGUUUCCCUUCCUGAGCAAGAAAUAAAAACUCUGGAAGAGGAUGAGGAAGAACUCUUUAAGAUGCGAGCAAAACUGUUUCGAUUUGCAUCUGAGAACGACCUUCCAGAAUGGAAAGAACGAGGAACUGGUGAUGUAAAGCUCCUGAAACACAAGGAGAAGGGAACAAUUCGCCUCCUCAUGAGGAGGGAUAAAACCCUGAAAAUUUGUGCAAACCAUUAUAUCACACCCUUAAUGGAGCUGAAGCCUAAUGCUGGGAGUGACAGGGCAUGGGUCUGGAACACACACGCUGACUUUGCAGAUGAAAGCCCCAAGCCUGAACUUCUGGCAAUCCGAUUUUUAAAUGCAGAAAAUGCACAGAAAUUCAAGGCAAAAUUUGAAGAAUGCAGGAAUGAAGUAGACAAGAGAGCAAAGAAAGCAGGCACAGACAAAAAUGAUAGUGCUGAUAAAGUUGCUGAAAAACUAGAAGAGCUUUCUGUAAAGGAAGAGAGCAAAGAGUCCGAGAAGAAAGAGACCAAGGAAAAAACUGAAGAAAAGCAAUAAAUCAUCCUGGGCCUUGCAGUUUUUCCUUUAUUCUUUUUCUUUCUUUCUUUUUCUUUUUUUUAUUUUUUACAAGGGACUUUAUAAGGAACUGAAUUCAACAUUGAGGUUGUUUUUUCUAAGCUUUUGCCCUUUUGAAGAUGUCUUCAGAAAAUCCAUUCCCAGUCAUGAAAAUGUACUGUGCUAACUUUCUUUUCCAUAGUGGAAACAUUUAUAGUCAUCCAAAAGAGUGAAUAAAACAAACUUGAAA